AUGAAGAAGUCACCAAAGAGAAAGGAAGUCGAAGAUAAAUGCGAAGUCAUAGAAGAAGAGAGAGAAGAGGAGAGAGAAAAUAAUAGCUUUGAUGAGAAUCUUAGGAGAGAAAUGUGUGAGAAGGUACUUAGGUUUAUUGAUAAGAAUGCUAUUGAUGAGAUAAGAGAACUGAUAAGGUAUGGCUUAUAUGAAGAUCUACAGGAAUUUGUGAACCCGUGGAUUGCAAGUGAAGUCCAUGGGAUCCUAAAUGACGUGUCUGCAAUUCAAGCAGCCAUCGAUGACCAACAAUAA